CGCUGCCCUGUGUGCAGGGGGAGUAAUCCAAUAAAGAGGAGAGACAGAAAUGCCCCUCUGUCUCUUCCUCAGCUACUAAAGGCAAAGCAACAGAGGAAGUGAGCACAACUCAGCACGGCAUCAAACACAGCUGGACCCAAAAUGGCAGAACGUUACGAUUGUCACUACUGCAAGGAGUCCCUGUUUGGGAAGAAGUAUGUUCUGCAAGAAGAGAACCCAUACUGUGUGAAGUGUUACAACAGCCUUUACUCCAGCACCUGCGAGGAGUGUAAGAAACCCAUUGGCUGUGACAGCAGGGAUCUUUCCUACAAGGACCGCCACUGGCACAGUGACUGCUUCCAAUGCUUCAAGUGUAAACGCUCCAUAGCGGACAAACCCUUCUCCACCAAGGAUGAGCAGCUGCUCUGCACCGAAUGCUACUCCAACGAAUAUUCGUCUAAGUGCCAUGAGUGCAAGAAAACCAUAAUGCCUGGUACAAGGAAAAUGGAGCACAAGGGCAACAGCUGGCAUGAGACAUGCUUCACCUGUCAGCGUUGCCAGCAGCCUAUUGGCAGCAAGAGCUUCAUCCCAAAAGACGACAAGAACUACUGUGUGCCCUGUUACGAGAAGCAGUUUGCCCUUCAGUGUGUGCAGUGCAAGAAGCCAAUCACCACUGGAGGUGUGACCUACCACGAGCAGCCAUGGCAUAAAGAUUGCUUCCUGUGCACGGGCUGCAAGGAACAGUUGGCUGGCCAGCGCUUUACUUCUCGUGAUGACUUCCCUUACUGCCUCAGCUGUUUCUGCAACCUUUAUGCUAAGAAGUGUGCCUCCUGUACCAGCCCUAUCAGUGGUAUGGGCGGCAGCAAGUAUAUCUCCUUCGAGGAGCGUCAGUGGCACCAUGACUGCUUUAACUGCACAAAGUGCGCUGUGUCCUUGGUGGGUCGUGGCUUUCUGACUGAGAGAGACAACAUCCUGUGUCCUGACUGUGGCAAAGACAUCUGAGCACAGACCAUCUGAGCACAGACCAUCUGAGCAGCUGACCCCAUGAGAUAAUAGGUAGCUGAUGUCAUAACUAUUUUCAUCUAACCAGGCUAACGUUUUGUCAAACUUUUCACUGAUAUGUUUAAUCUGUUUGAAUGAUUCAUAUGUAUAUUAUUUUAAACUAGAUAACUGAUAAUGUCAAUAUGACAAUAUACAGUUAUGGCUGGUUAGCCAUACCAGAGUAGUAUUUGCUUUGUGAAAGGCUUGAUUUGAACUCUAAAGACUCUAAACUCUAAAGACUAUUUUAGAGAGAAAAGAGAUUUCAGAUUUCUAUACACUGAAAUAUAGCAUGAUUCUAUCACUGUUUCUCUACAAACCUAAGCAGCAUUUAUAUGUCAUGGCUGUAAAUAAAAUAGUCUAACAAUGCAAUGAAGUGGUUUUUUUUUGUUUGUUUGUUUUAAGUGUGAAAAAGAUUUUUGUGAUGAAUACUGGUCUUAUAAUGGGUCAUACAGCUUCAAAACAUGUUUCGAGAAGCUAUGGCACUUUCGGUGAAGCUCUGUUAUGUUUUCAUUGAUAAUAAUUUGAGGGUUUAUUUAUUAAAUAUUAUCCAGCUGUAGACCAAACACACAACUUACUUACAAGUAAGUUAUAAGCUCAGACCCAGGAUGUCUCGGGGGGAAAAACACUUCAAUGUAUUCUCUACUGUAAGGCCACUGUACAAAGCAAUUGAUCAUGUUUUCAAUCAAAAGUAAUGAAACUGACCACAUUAAAAUGUACAUUAAACAAACAAUCAAACAUCAACUUAUACAUUAUAAUCAUGUGCUUUAAUAUAAUUAUUCAAAUGAAUGUCUAGGCUUCAAUAAAAUACUAAAUUAUCCUUU